CAGAAGACCAGUUGGGUCGUCGGAAAAGAUGAUUUUGUUUUGCUGUCCCUAGAAAUCACAUGCUGGUCACAGGGCGCUCAGUUUUUAAGCGCCUGUGGGAAGCGUGCGUAAUGGAACGUACCCUACCACUGCUGCAACGCUUCAGUUGAUUCAGUUUGCCUCAACGAACGUCUGUCGAAAGUUGUGUCUGUUAGUGUGUGUGAUAUCUUGAACACUUUUGGAUAUUUUCAAUCGCUUCGCCGAUGAGCCCCCCGGUGUGCUGACCAGCUGCGGCUGCAGUCCUGCAGUCUUUGAGACCCGCUGCUGCCCGCACGAUGAAAAUGGUGUUGUCACAACGUCAGCGCGAGGAGCUGAACAAGGCGGUGGCUGACUACCUGAGCAGCAAUGGCUACAUGGAGGCGCUGGAGGCCUUCAAGCGGGAUGCAGACAUGCCCGGCGAAGUGGAGCGGAAGUACGGCGGCCUGCUGGAGAAGAAGUGGACGUCGGUCAUCCGCCUCCAGAAGAAAGUGAUGGAGCUCGAGUCGAAGCUGUCGGAGGCCGAGAAGGAGUUCAUCGAAGGCGCCCCCACCAGAGGGAAGCGCUCGCCCGCCGAGUGGAUCCCCAGGCCGCCCGAGAAGCACUGCCUCACCGGGCACCGCUCCCCCGUCACCAAGGUCAUCUUCCACCCCGUGUUCAGCCUCAUGGUCUCCGCCAGCGAGGACGCCACGCUCAAGGUGUGGGACUUCGAGACGGGCGAGUACGAGCGGACGCUCAAGGGACACACAGACUCUGUACAGGACAUCGCCUUCGACCAGACGGGCAAGCUGCUGGUGUCGUGCAGUGCGGACAUGUCCAUCAAACUGUGGGACUUCCAGCAGUCGUAUGCCUGCCUGAAGACAAUGCAUGGCCACGACCACAAUGUAUCCAGUGUCACCUUCAUGCCUGGUGGGGACUUUAUAGUGUCUUCGUCAAGAGACAAGACAAUAAAAAUGUGGGAGGUGGCAAAUGGAUACUGCGUGAAGACUUUCACAGGCCACCGAGAAUGGGUGCGGCUUGUGCGAGUUUACCAGGACGGCUCCCUGUUAGCCUCCUGUUCGAAUGACCAAACUGUCAGAGUUUGGGUUGUAGCAACCAAGGAGUGUAAGGUGGAACUGAGAGACCAUGACCAUGUAGUGGAAUGUAUUGCGUGGGCACCUGAGUCUGCUCAUUCGGCCAUAAAUGAGGCAGCGGGUGCGGACAACAAGAAGGGUGCCUACCAGGGACCGUUCCUUGUCUCUGGAUCACGAGACAAAACCAUCAAGCUGUGGGAUGUUAGCACAGGUAUGUGCCUUGUCACACUGCUUGGGCAUGAUAACUGGGUGCGAGGAGUAGUAUUCCACCCUGGUGGAAAGUACCUUGUAAGUGCAUCAGAUGACAAGACUCUGAGGGUGUGGGAUCUCCGCAACAAGCGUUGCUCUAAAAAGCUUGAUGCUCAUCAACAUUUUUGCACAUCUGUUGAUUUCCACAAAACUCAUCCCUAUGUGGUAACUGGUAGUGUUGACCAAACAGUAAAAGUGUGGGAAUGCCGCUAAAGACCAUCUCCGAGUAACUCUGCAGGCUUCCUGCCAUGUCAAUCUUGUUGUAAUUAUUAUUUACUUAUCAUGCAGUCCAUCUGUGUUUCAACUAAUUUAUACAUCAGAUAUUUUAUAAUAUGUUUACUUUUGUGUCCCCCCUCCCCUUUCCUCCCUGCCUACGUGCAACAACUGUUCAAGUGUGUAUGGAUGUGUGUGUGUAAGUAUGUAUGUAAUGUAUGUAUGAGUUUUAGUAUGUUUGUGUGAAUGUUGCUUAAGCAGCAUGUAUAGGUACUGAUGGGCACGUGGACAGAAAACAAACCAGUGAUCUAUCUUUUAUUAUUUUUUGUUUCAAUCUUGGAAAAAUGCAUUAUGUACAUAAUGACUUCAACCUCUAUCCACUUAAAAAUGUUGACUCAAAAUUAUGAUUAUUAAAUGCUGUAUUUGUGAAAUAAUGAUUCUAAAGUUGUGGCUUGUAUGUACAUGGUAUGGAAUGUAAAUUAAGUAAUUGAUGUGCUUUCUUAAAGUUGAUGGAAGCGAAAGGUUCCAUUGUUUAAAAAAUUAUGGGAACCAUUGCUAUGUACUUUGAUAUCGUUUUAAAGUAUAAACAAUGACUUCAUGCCUCCUUUUUCUUUUCCUGCACACUUGUGGUAGAAAUGUAGAUUAUGGUUGUCAAACUGAAUGGGUUUGAUGUGCAGUGUUUGCCCCUUGUCUCUCAACAGAUAUGUGUUCUCUGCUUUGAGAUGAUGUGCAACCAUAUAAUUUGCUGUUACAGUAUCUUCUAUGCUUUGCAAACAUUUUUCACCUUUAUUUCCCAGCAUCUGCUUGAGGAAAAGUGAUAUUGAGGCUAAUUUAUACAUUUAGACAUACAAAUUUUGUGAGUGUCAUUUGUGGCAUGAGUGACAGAUUUGUUUAAAUCCAUACCCAGAAUGAAGAAAACCAAAACAAAAAAUCGGAACUUGUGAAAUAAAGCUUAGUUCUCCAGUACUUA